AGUGUUUUUUUUUUUCCCUUUCUUUUCUCAGUUUUUUCUUUCUCUUAUCGACGGGCGAGGACAGCACUUCCACAGAAAAGAAUAAAAAAGGAAAGAGAGAGAAAGAGAGAGAGGGGGAGAAAGAGAAAUCGAAGGUUUACGUCGCUACGUCAAUGGCGGUUAGGGUUUUCUAUUGAUCCCGGACCUCAAUCUCCUGCUUUUUGUUUGUACUCUCUUAUCUCUCUCCUUUUUGUAAAACCCUAAUUUCAACGUUGUUUAGAUAAUUAUCAGUUCAAUUACUAUCUUUGGGGAUUUUGGGGUUUCCAAUUUGAGUCGUGAAACGAGCUGUUGAUAUGGGCGCGCAAGAAAAAUCGCAAGCGAAUUCCAAUUCGAUGCAGAGGGUGAAGGUCUACCGUUUGAAUGAAGAUGGUAAAUGGGAUGACCAAGGAACUGGACAUGUUACUGUUGACUAUUUGGAGAGGUCAGAAGAGCUGGGCUUGUUUGUUAUUGAUGAAGAGGAUAAUGAAACGUUACUUUUGCAUCGUAUCAUACCAGAUGACAUUUACAGGAAGCAAGAAGAUACUAUAAUCUCAUGGAGAGAUCCUGAAUAUUCUACAGAAUUAGCACUAAGCUUUCAAGAGAACGCUGGGUGCUCUUACAUAUGGGAUCAUAUCUGUAAUGUACAAAGAAGUCUGCAGUUUAGUAGCCUUAACAAUGAGACAUUUCACAGUAUAAAUAGUGAAUUACGGGAGUUACCUGCAGUUGAACUUUCCACACUUCCUUUAAUACUUAAGACUGUGUCUGAAAGUGGCAUUGCUGAUCAGAUGAGAUUGACAGAACUUAUUUUGAAUGAUCAAGAUUUCUUCCGCAAGCUGAUGGACCUAUUUAGAAUAUGUGAAGAUCUGGAAAAUAUUGAUGGCCUUCACAUGAUAUUCAAAAUAGUCAGAGGGAUCAUUUUACUUAAUAGUCCUCAAAUCUUUGAGAAAAUAUUUGGGGAUGAGUUGAUCAUGGAUAUUAUUGGUUCACUUGAGUAUGAUCCUGAGGUUUCACAUGUCCAACACCACCGUAAUUUCCUGAAAGAGCAUGUUGUUUUCAAAGAGGCCAUACCAAUCAAAGACCCUCUUGUCUUGUCGAAGAUACACCAGACAUAUAGAGUUGGCUAUCUGAAGGAUGUUGUUUUGGCUCGGGUUUUGGAUGAGGCUACUGUUGCAAAUCUCAAUUCCAUAAUUCAUGCAAAUAAUGCAGUUGUCGUCUCUUUGCUGAAGGAUGAUAGCACUUUUAUUCAGGAAUUAUUUGCGAGGUUGAGAUCACCUGCUUCAUCUUCAGAAUCAAAGAAAAAUUUGGUGUAUUUCCUGCACGAGUUUUGCAGUUUAAGCAAGAGCCUACAGAUGGUCCAGCAACUCAGGCUGUUUAGGGACCUCAUGAAUGAAGGUAUUUUUGAAAUCAUCAUAGAAGCUUUGCAGAAUCAAGACAAGAAACUUGUGUUAACUGGGACAGAUAUCCUUAUUCUUUUCUUGAAUCAGGAUCCAAACCUUCUGCGAACUUAUGUUGUUAGGCAGGAGGGAAUUCCGCUUCUAGGAUUACUGGUUAAGGGGAUGAUAACUGAUUUUGGAGAGGAUAUGCACUGCCAGUUUCUUGAAAUUCUUCGUAGUUUACUAGAUUCCUAUACAUUGUCAGGAGCCAAUGCCCAAGUGCCGCAGAGGGAUAGUAUUAUUGAGAUCUUCUAUGAAAAGCAUUUGGGCCAAUUAAUUGAUGUUAUAACGGCAUCAUGUCCGGUGGAAAACAUUGCUCAAUCAAGUGGUAAAUCUUCAGGAUCCAGUGGAGGAGUUGAAAAUCAGAAUGGCGUGAAGCCUGAAAUACUCUCAAACAUCUGUGAACUGCUAUGCUUCUGUGUUGUGCACCAUCCUUAUAGAAUAAAGUGUAACUUUCUCCUUAAUAAUUUUAUAGAUAAAAUUAUAGCACUGACACGAAGAAGGGAAAAAUACCUUGUGGUUGCUGCCAUUCGAUUCGUUCGCACUAUUCUUACUCGCCAUGUAAGUUACUCCAAUUCUCAAUCACAGGAUGAGCAUCUGAUACAUCAUUUUGUCAAGCACAACAUCCUCAAACCAAUAGUAGAUGCCUUUGUUGUUAACGGCAACCGAUAUAAUCUUCUGCACUCUGCUGUUCUAGAUCUUUUUGAGUAUAUUCGCAAGGAAAACCUGAAAUUGUUGAUUAAGUAUAUAGUUGAUUCAUUCUGGAAUGACUUGGUCAAAUUUGAGCAUUUGGCCGCCAUUCAGUCUUUUAAAGUUAAAUAUGAGCAGUUGCAGUGCCUAGAGGAUUGCGUAACGAAAAAUAGUGGCAGCACUUUGGAUCCACGAAAGCGAGUUGAUGAGCGUGCUCUGGAGAAAGAAGAGGAGGAAUACUUCAAUGGGGACAGUGAUGAAGAAGAUACGGCAUCUGCAUCACAUGCCAAAAAAGUUCAGCCUCAACCUGUGAUAUCAAAUGGAGUUUCUGCAAACUACACGUCAUUAAGUCCAAGAUCUGGUGGACUGGUCGACUAUGAUGAUGAUGAGGAUGAUGAAGACUAUAGACCACCGCCGAAGAAACAGCCAGAAAACUUGGAAGGAGAUGAAGGAACUAUGGAGUGCCUUAAGUUGAAGCGCAAGUUGUCUUCUAGGGAUAAAGAGCCUGAUCCAGCAAAGAAGCAGAGAUUAGGUAAACACUCAAAAUCAAAAGAGAGUGUAUUUGCGGCUUUGUGUUCAACAUUGAGCCAGGCAGUGCUUCCUAGUAAGAAAACGGGAAGCUCAGUGCACACAACUUCUCGCACGGCGGACGGAAACAAGGGCCUAGGUGAAGAUAAUCAUCAAGAGAAGGAACCUGCUAUUUCGAAAAGCAGCUGCGAUAAUAGCAGUAACCCGGGAGAGGAGAACCACCGGGAGAAGGAACCUGUUGCUGCUAGAAGCUGUUCUGAUUGCUUGCACAACACAUCAGAAAAUAGGCAGUUAAGUGGAGAGGAUGGUCCCUUGAUACCACAAAAAUCCUCACCUGAAAUGGCUGUGAAUGGAUCUUAAAUGAUUUUUGAGAAUCAAGUUACAGCAGUUGGCAUGUUUGGAUGACUGUUCUAUUUGACUCGAGGAUGGCAUAAGUCGGUCCUGGGCAGCUGAAGGAGCAAUAUCCUUGAAAAAAGAAAAAAGAAUUGAAUCAAGAGAAGGUGGGUGAACGCAGUUUAUAGCUUUCAGUUGAUGGUAGGAGAGGAUACUGUAUAGUGCCACCCUGGGUAAGGAGGAAUACUCAUAAUGUGGGGCCAGUGACCCCUUCAUUAGCUUUUCUGAUGUUGAGCCAAGUAAUUAUUGCUUUGUAAAACAAUCAUCAGCAUUAAUUUUCUUUCUUACAGUCUCUUCUCUCUCUCUCUCUCUCUCACACUGUUUCCCCGUGUCUUUCUAUAUAUGACCUUUUUGUUUAGUUGGUUGAUAGCUGCGUGAACUAUGCCAGGAGAGGGCAUCAAUAUAUGCCCUGCAUAGGUCUCUUUGUUGUUCAGUUUUGUGGUGGCGGGUGUGGUUGUAAUAGAGUGAAGGGUUUUAGUGAGUUGUUUAGAUGCCAAAUUUUCUCAAUUGUAGUAGAAAUCUCAUUUAUAGACCCUUGUAUAUUAGAAUUCGAACUUUCUGUUACAUUAUUUGUCAGGCAAAAUUUGUUUCCAUCAAUGUGCAUUAGUGUGAAGCGGUUUCACAUUUUUCCUGAGAUA